CUGUCUUGGCUGCUCACAGCCUCCAGGCCCCAUGGUGAAGAGAGGCUAGCUGGCAGUGUCACCAAUUGCUACCAAGAGAUCAGUGCUGCAAGGCAAGUUUAUUUCUAACUGAGAGAGCCUGCCAGGAAGAGCGUUUGCACCCCGCACCACUGUGCAGGUGUGACGGGUGAGCUCACAACUGCCCCCCAGGCAUGCCCAGCCCACUAAUCAUUCACAGCUCGACAACUCUCCCGCCCAACCCAGUUCUGAGGGGAUAAAAGAGGGCAUUGCAGCACCUGGGUAACAGAGCCACCCACUGCGUCCUGCUGAGCUCCGUUGUCUCCAGCACUUCCCAACCCACCAGUCGCCCAGUACUCUUGCUCCACCAGGAACAAGCCAUCAUGUCUCGCCAGUCGAGUGUGUCCUUCAGGAGUGGGGGCAGCCGUUCCUUCAGUGCCGCCUCUGCCAUCACCCCAUCUGUCUCUCGCACCAGUUUUAGCUCUGUGUCCCGCUCCGGGGGUGGCGGUGGUGGUAGGAUCAGCCUUGGGGGUGCUUGUGGAGUGGGCGGCUAUGGCAGCCGGAGCCUCUACAAUCUGGGGGGCGGCUCCAAGAGGAUCUCCUUCAGCACUGGCGGUGGCAGUUUCAGGAGCCGCUUCGGUGCUGGUGCUGGUACUGGUGGAGGCUAUGGUUUUGGAGGUGGAGCCAGCAGCGGAUUUGGUUUUGGCGGCGGAGCUGGUGGUAGCUUUGGGCUUGGUGGAGGAGCUGGCUUUGGUGGUGGCUACGGGGGCGCUGGCUUCCCCGUGUGCCCCCCUGGAGGCAUCCAAGAAGUCACCAUCAACCAGAACCUCCUGACUCCUCUGAACCUGCAAAUCGACCCCACCAUCCAGCGGGUGAGGACAGAGGAGCGGGAGCAGAUCAAAACCCUCAACAACAAGUUCGCCUCCUUCAUUGACAAGGUGCGGUUCCUAGAGCAGCAGAACAAGGUCCUGGACACCAAGUGGACCCUACUCCAGGAGCAGGGCACCAAAACUGUGAGGCAGAGCCUGGAGCCUUUGUUUGAGCAGUACAUCAACAACCUCAGGAGGCAGCUGGAUGGGGUCCUCGGGGAGAGGGGACGCCUGGAUUCAGAGCUGAGGAACAUGCAAGAUCUGGUGGAGGACUUCAAGAACAAGUAUGAAGAUGAAAUCAACAAGCGUACCACUGCGGAGAAUGAGUUUGUGAUGCUAAAGAAGGAUGUAGAUGCCGCCUACAUGAACAAAGUGGAGCUGGAGGCCAAGGUCGAUGCCCUGUUGGAUGAGAUCAACUUCCUGAAGAUGUUCUACGAUGCGGAGCUAUCCCAGAUGCAGACACACAUCUCGGACACAUCUGUGGUUCUCUCCAUGGACAACAACCGCAGCCUGGACCUGGACAGCAUCAUCGCUGAGGUCAAGGCCCAGUAUGAAGACAUUGCCAAUCGCAGCCGGACUGAAGCUGAGACCUGGUACCAGACCAAGUAUGAAGAGCUGCAGCAGACAGCUGGCCGGCAUGGCGAUGAUCUUCGCAACACCAAGCAUGAGAUCUCUGAGAUGAACCGGAUGAUACAGAGGCUGAGAGCUGAGAUUGACAAUGUCAAGAAGCAGUGCGCCAACCUGCAGAACGCCAUUGCUGAUGCUGAGCAGCGCGGGGAACUGGCGCUCAAGGAUGCCAGAAACAAACUGGCAGAGCUGGAAGAUGCCCUGCAAAAGGCCAAGCAGGACAUGGCCCGGCUGAUGCGUGAUUACCAGGAGCUGAUGAACGUCAAGCUGUCCCUGGAUGUGGAGAUCGCCACCUACCGCAAGCUGCUGGAGGGCGAGGAGUGCAGACUGAGUGGAGAAGGAGUUGGACCAGUCAACAUCUCUGUUGUCACAAACAGCCUCUCCUCCGGCGGUGGUGGCUACAGCGGUUUUGGCAGUGGCUUUGGCGGCGGCUUUGGAGGCGGCCUUGGCAGUGGUCUUGGUGGAGGUGGUGGUGGAAGCUACUACUCCAGUAGCAGUGGGGGCGUCGGUCUAGGCAGUGGGCUCAGUGCAGGGGGUUCUGGCUUUAGUGCAAGCAGUGGCAGAGGAAUGGGGGUGGGCUUGGGCAGUGGUGGGGGCAGCAGCUCCAGCGUCAAAUUUGUCUCCACCACUUCCUCCUCUCGGAGGAGCUUUAAGAACUAAGAAGAGCCUGCUGCAAGUCCCUGCCCUCCAAGGGCAGUUCCCCAGCACUGGAGACUGCCUCUUUCAGGUAGUUGCCCCGGUUAAAUUUUCUCUUUUCUGGAGAGUAGUCUAGACCAAGCCUACUGCAGAGCCACAUUCUCUGGUUCCCAGGAGGGCCCAAUUCCCAGUCUCUUCUCUUUCAUAUCACAAUUCUACAUUCUGUUACAAAUCAGUCUUUAGGUCCUUACAGCAUGGUCCUUGAAAGCACAAGAAUCCAAAGUCUUCCAAAAUGUAAGCCAUCGAAAUAGAAUCCCACUGCCUCACCCACCCCAAUUUUGUCCUGGUUCUGACUUCCUCCAGAGUGUGUUCAAUAAAAUACUUUUAUAAUAUAA